GAAACGAAGCAAAAGCAAAAAUAUAGAAGAUCAUAUUCAUAACUAGGGCGAAGUCCCCACACACUAAAGAGAGAAUUCGUAACCCAAUACGAUUUUCCCUUUCAGACACUACUCUCUUUGCCGCUUCCAGCUUCGGCUGACUUCGUUCAUCAUCUUCAGGAUAAUUUAAAAUGACAGAGCCUUCUAAAGUCAUUCACGUUCGGAAUGUUGGUCACGAGAUUUCGGAGCCUGAUCUACUUCAACUAUUCCAACCUUUUGGAGUCAUCAACAAACUAGUUAUGCUUCGUGCAAAAAACCAGGCUCUCCUUCAAAUGCAAGAUGUUCCUUCCGCUGUGAAUGCAAUGCAAUUUUAUGCCAAUGUUCAACCAAGCAUAAGGGGUAGAAAUGUGUAUGUUCAGUUUUCAUCUCACCAAGAGCUAACGACCAUGGAGCAAAAUACUCAAGGGCGUGGAGACGAGGAGGUUGACAUAUUUAAAAUUCUAUCUCUAUAUCUAUAUCUAUUUCUCUUUCCCUUUCUUCUUUUCUCUAUCUAUUCUUCUCUAUUCAUUCUAUUCUCUUCUCUCUCUUCUGUCUAUGCUGGGCUUUGGGGUGCGAUUGGACGUGUCCUGCAGCAAGUCUUUUCUCCUCAUGGAUAUGUGGAGAAAAUUGUCACUUUUCAAAAGUCAGCUGGUUUUCAAGCACUUAUUCAAUUUCAAUCACGCCAGAGUGCCAUAUCUGCAAGAAAUUCCCUUCAGGGACGUAAUAUUUAUGAUGGUUGUUGUCAACUAGAUAUUCAGUUCUCAAAUCUUGACGAGUUGCAAGUGAACUACAAUAAUGAUCGGUCUAGGGACUUCACAAACCCAUCACUGCCUUCAGAACAAAAGGGCAGACCUUCUUCUCAACCUGGAUAUGGAGAUGCAGGAGGUAUGUACAGUUUACAAGGUCAUGAAGUUGGAUUUCCACAGAUGAACAAUGGCGCAGCAAUUGCAGCUGCAUUUGGAGGAGGGUUGCCUCCUGGAAUUAGUGGGACUAAUGACAGAUGCACUGUUCUUGCAUCUAAUCUAAAUCCUGAUAGGAUAGAUGAAAACAAACUGUUCAACUUGUUUUCUUUAUAUGGAAACAUUGCCCGAAUCAAGCUUCUUCGCAAUAAACCAGAUCACGCCCUUAUCCAAAUGGGUGAUGGCUUUCAGUCUGAAUUAGCAGUACACUUUUUAAAGGGGGCAACAUUAUUUGGAAAGAGAUUGGAGGUUAAUUAUUCAAAACAUCCACACAUCACAAUGGGUGCUGAAACGCAUGAGUAUUUAAACUCAAAUCUUAACCGAUUUAACCGCAAUGCUGCUAAAAACUAUCGUUACUGUUGCUCACCAACCAAAAUGAUCCACCUGUCCACCCUACCACAGGACAUAACAGAGGAGGAGAUGUGACCCACCUUGAAGAACAUGGGAGCAUCAUCAACACCAAGCUUUUUGAAAUGAAUGCUAAAAAACAGGCUCUUGUUUUGUUUGAAAAUGAAGAACAGGCCACUGAAGCUCUUGUGUGUAAGCAUGCAAGUAGUCUUGGUGAUUCCAUGAUUCGGAUCUCAUUUUCUCAGUUGCAGACCAUUUGAGGGGCGAUUACGUCUUUUACCACUCGUGGUGAUAUCAAGUUUUUAUUAUAACUCUCUUUGCUUUAGUGUGUGUGUGUGUGUAUUCUUGUUGCUAUUACUACUACUACUACUCUCUUUGUGGUUUUAGAUGGUUG